AUGGACAAAUAUAAACUAGAUGUUGUCAGUGCUGGAAAGAAUUUUACAAAGAUCAGGAAGGCAAUUACGGCAGGGUUUUUCUUCCACGGUGCUAGAAAGGACCCGCAGGAGGGUUAUAGAACCCUAGUGGAGAACCAACCAGUUUAUAUACACCCAAGCAGCGCCCUCUUCCAGAGACAACCAGAUUGGGUGAUCUACCAUGAGCUGGUUAUGACCACAAAGGAGUACAUGCGCGAGGCGACGGUCGUCGACCCCAAAUGGCUCGUGGAACUGGCACCCAGGUUCUUCAAAGUGGCAGAUCCCACCAAGAUGAGCAAGCGCAAGCGUCAAGAACGUAUUGAACCGCCAUAUGAUAGAUACCAUGAACCUAACUCUUGGCGUCUUAGUAAGAGACGUGCUUGA